AUGACAAAAUUAAACCAUAUACCCGAUGAUAUUGUCUUCUCUAUUCUCUCCAAACUUUCUCUCAAAUCUUUGAAACGAUUUGAAUGCGUAUGUAAAUCAUGGUCUCUCUUAUUCGAUAACGUUAUUUUCAUGACUAUGUUUCGCAACUAUUUCAUAUCUAAAAAUCAUUCUUUUUAUGAUGAUAUAUCUUUCCUCCUACGUCUCAAAAACAGACAUCCUUUCUACUUUCUAUCUGGUGAGAGAUUUAAGAAUAUAGUUAAAUUUGAUUGGCCAAAUAACUAUUCUUUUGACAUUUUGGGUCCGAUCAGUUUUAAUGGCACUCUUUGUCUCCAUUAUUAUAAUUCAAAAAUAAUAUUGUGGAACCCAACUACCACGGAAUUCCAUAUCAUUUACACUGAAUCGAGUUGUUUUUCAAAGAUUUGGGCUGAUAAAUAUCAAGUUGGUUAUGAUCAUGUUAAUGAUGACUAUAAGAUUAUUAGGCACAAUCAUUGUACUCCCCGAAGUAAGCAGCACGAGAUUUCCUGGGAGUUUUCCUCCUUUUGGGAGAUAUAUAGCCUAAACAAUAACUCUUGGAGGACAAUUGAUGAUGAUUUUUCUCAUUCAAAUUUCACUUCCGGAGAUAAAGUGUACUUUGAUGGAGUGUCUCAUUGGUUGGACAAAACUUGGUUGGUGUCAUUUGACUUCAUCAAAGAAUUUUUCGUUACAACACCCGUGCCCUCAUGUGAAGAUGAUGUUUUUGAUUUUAGUUCGACUAGGACGAGAAUAUUGACAGUAUUGAAUGGAUCUAUUGCUUUUAUAGUAAAUUAUGAAGAGACAGGUACAUUUGAUAUUUUAAUUUUAGGUGAAUUCGGUGUUGAAGAAUCAUGGACUAAAGUCUUUAUUGUUGGGCCAUUACCUUGCCUUAAGAUUCCGAUUGGAAUAGGGAAGAAAGGAAAUAUAUUGAUCAGAAAGAAAGACAAUGAACUAGCUUGGUUUGAUAUAAGUACCGGGGCUAUUGAUGAGAUCGGUGUUAGAGCAGAAUCUGAUUGCAAAAUAUCAUUCCAUAAAGAAAGCCUUCCUCCAAUUGGAGGAAUAUAA